AUGGUGCAAGAAUCACACAUUGAACCAUCUCCUGAACGAAUCGAUAUCGUUCGUGGUACAAAUUAUCUUCUUGAAUCUCUUGGUAUUAAUCGUCGUAUCCGUUCCGUUACUGAAUUUGCCAGUCCAGUACUCAUUCCAAUUUAUGAAGAAAUUUGUUCAUUUCGAUUAAAUGAUGUUCGUACACCUGUACGUAAUCUUGCUGAUGAAAUACAUAAUAUUCAAUGUGUAAUUAAUGCAUUGUGUUUUGAUACAGUUGAAUUUGAUCUUUCACAUAUCUCAGGUGAGCAAGUCGCUAAUGGAGAUUUAUAUGCUAUGGAAGAUUUACUUGAAAUACUUACUGAUGUUUAUCAUUGGAUUAAAAAUGAUCAAGAACAAGCACCUCAAACUGGAUUACAUAUUGCUGGUCUUAGUUCAGAUCGAUCAAGUGUACCACCUCCAUCACUUGGUGCUCAAAUUGCUCAAUUAGCUGAUCGACGACGUGCAUUUGGUCAUGAUAUUGUUGCUCCAAAUAGUCUUGUUUAUACAGAAAUUAGUCCUAUUGUAUCACCAUCAAAUUCACCGACUCGUAAAUAUCAACAAGAAAGUAUUGAACAUGAUACUGCUGUUGAAGAUUUACAAGAAAAAUAUCAAUCAUUAUUACGUCGUUUUGAGCAAACAGUACAAAUGUCGUCUGAUGCACUUAAUCUUUCUCGAAUCUCACAAGAUACUCCGUCCACGAAAACGUCAGAUUUACGUUUAUUACUUAAUGAUUUAAAUGGUGAUAAAAAAACACAAAUUAAACAUAAUGACACAUUUAAUGUUGAUAAUGUCAAAACAUAUGGUGAUAUCGAAGAUGAUUUAGCAUUACUUCUGAAUGAUAAAUCACCUAAACAGAAAACAAAAUCAAAUGAUAAUCUUCAUGAAACAAAACCAAAAUUACAAGAAUCUAUGAUGACAACUAGUACAAACACUCUAGGACGUAAUCGUUUGAAUCAUAGUGAUGAAUUUUAUCAGAUUCGAGCACAACUUCAUGAACAAUAUAAUUUAAAAUCAAAUUUAAAUCAUUUUCUUGAACAACAUUUUAAUGAUGAUCUUGAUGAUUAUAAAUCAACAAGAACAUUAUUACAAAAUAAAAAAGAUCAACAUGCUAUGCAACAUCAUGAAAUUGAUACAUCAACACUUCGUUUAAAUGAAAAUCAAAAUCGUCCUCAUCGUUCACAUUCUGCUAUAUCAAAAACGAAACACGUUUCAUCAAAAAAAGGUUUUCUUCGUUCAUCAUCGAAUACAUUGAGUGUACGACCAAUUGUACAUAAGCAUGAUUUUAAUGAAUCAACAACAUUAACAGAUAAUGAAUUACCAACAAAUGUUAAAAUAACAAAUAAACAUCGCUUAUUACUUGGUAAUGAACAUGAUAUUGUUGAAGUAUUAAAUGAACAAUUUCCUGGUAUUUAUGUUUCAAAUGAAAUGCAAGCGAAACUUAAUGAACAAUUUAGUAAGCAUAUUGAUAAUGUUUUUAAAUCAAGAAUGGAACUUCUUAAUGCUCAACAAGGAAAUACGAAUGAUCUCGAAGUAGCUAAGCAAAAACAUGACCAAAUGACUGAUAUUUUACGUAAAGAAUUAAGUACUUUACAGCGUCAGCAAGAUAUUCAAUUAAAACAAUCAGCUGAACGUAUCCUAAAAUCAAAAAUUCGUGAUCAACGUAUACAACAAGCACGUGUACGUCGUUAUUUUCAACAAUAUUGUCUUGAUCAACGAAAGCGUUUACUUAAAAAACGUACAAAUGAAGAAUUAAUAUUAAAACAAGCUUAUAAAGAUUCUAUACGUAUUCAACGUGAACGUUUACAUGAAAUGAAAAAAUAUAAACAAGAAUAUAAUGGUUUAUUUCAUGCACGUUAUCGUAAUCAAUUAGAAUCACUUGAAAAUUAUUAUCGUCAACGUCUUGAUAUGUUCAAAGAAAUUGAAGAAAAAGAAUCAGCUUUGCAACGUACAAAUGAUCGUGAAGAUAAAUUAGAAUUAAAUAAACAACGUUUACAAUUACGUAAACAACUUGAAUCAGAUAUUAAACAAUUACAAGAUCAAUUAAAUCAAAAUGAUGAUUAUGUACAUUUUCGUCAAUUAGAUUUAGAACGUUUAAAAGAGAAUUUAACUCAAGCAAGAAUAACGACAAAAGUUUAA